GUCCCCUUCGGGGUGACAUACGAAAAAAUUGGAACGAUACAGAGAAGAUUAGCAUGGCCCCUGCACAAGGAUGACACGCUUCUCCAGAGUGGUAGACCUACGGGUCUCAAUAUUUAUUUUUGUUUUUCCUUGGUCGUUCUUUCUUCUAGCUCUGCGUCGUCGCUUGUCGUAGUUCCCGUUCGUUCAUGGGUUCAAAAUUCAUACUUGAGGCGGUACCUGUAG